AAAAAACCACUCAAGCUGCUCCCUCCAGGUUUUACAGUCCCUCCUAGAGUCCCUCUGUCUCUACAGCCAAUCAGGUUUUGCAAUUCCCAUGUGACGAAUGUGCGAGUUGAAAAGCUACCUCCUUCCCUGGUUGCCUUGGGAGAGAUUGGCCUUGAAUCCAGGAAGCCCAGUGCUCCAGCCUAUCAAGAUGCCUUUGAAUUUUGUACCUGUCUUGGAAGCUCAAAGAUGAAUCAGCAAGACUCAGCUAUCCCUGAAGCAAGAAAAGGCCCUGAUGCCAUCAAGUCUGGGACCUGCACAGAGAAAUUCCUUGGGGGAAACAUGCAGAAGAUCUUGGGGGAGGACAACCUCCACUCAGAUGUCCAGUCCCAGCAGUUCAGGUAUUUCCGCUACCAGGAGGCUGUGGGGCCCCGAGAGGCUUGCAGUCGACUCCAUCUUCUUUGCCAUCAGUGGCUCAAGCCAGAGCGGCACACAAAGAACCAGAUCCUGGACCUGGUGAUCCUGGAACAGUUCCUGAGGAUCCUUCCACCGGAGAUGGAGAGCUGGGUGAGGGAAUGUGGAGCGGAGACCAGUUCCCAGGCGGUGGCCCUGGCCGAAGGAUUCCUCCUGAGCCAGGCAGAGGAGAAGCAGCAGCAAGAGCGGCAGGAAAAGGGUCUGUUUGGAGGAAAAAGAAAUUAUUUUUCCGAGGCAGAGAGGACUUCAUUGGACACCAGACAGAGGCCGCUGGGUGCUGGAAUGAUGUCACCAAGACCUACUAAACCUUCUCUUUGUGGUGUAUGGGAAGUUGCUGCUGUUCCAUGUGAUCAGGGUCCAGUGGUCUUUGAGGAUGUGGCUGUGUAUUUCACAGAAGAGGAGUGGGCCCUGCUGGAUCCUGACCAGAGAGCUCUGCAUAAGGAAGUCAUGGAGGAGAAUUGUGGGACUCUGGCCUGUCUUGGAAAAGCAAAGCCGCAGCAGCACAUGUUAGCCACACAAGCAGUAAGCAGGUGCAUGCAAAACACAGCACAAAUCGCACAGGGAGCUCGCGCAAGUGACCAAAUCAAACCUUGCAUGCCAAAGAGAACCCACGCAGAUUGCAAGAUUCUGAUCCCUAAAAUGCCAAAACGACAGAGUGAUCUAUUAAGUUUUUUAAAUGUGAAGAAGGUGAAAACAAACACAGAAAAUAAUGAUAGGAACAAAAAUCAUUGUGGAGCGUCGAAGCCAAUGGAACCCAGUUUAGAAUCUGUUGAACAACCAGUCAUCAAAGAAAAACCAUCAUGUUCGUCAAAGGAAGAAAUAGAUAAUCUUGCACUUCCGGAUUGUUGGAAUGAAAAACAAGCAUUUAUGUUUACAGAACAGUACAAAUGGCUUGAAAUAAAAGAAGGUAAAUUAGGAUGUAAGGAUUGUUCGACAGUUCAGCAUUUAGGAGUCAGAGCAGAAAAGCAUGUCCAUGUGUCCAAGGAAUGGAGCGCAUAUUUAGUAACCCCAAAUGGCAGUAAUAAAACUACUAGGCAAGCUUCUCUGCGAAAAAAAAUGAGGGAACACGAUGUUUCUAAAGCCCAUACUAAAAUUCAAGAUUUGUUGAAAGAAUCGGCUAAUGACUCAAUUUCCAAUUUAGUGCAUAAACUAAGUAAUAAAAAUAUUGAUGCUACCGUAAAAGUUUUCAAUACUGUUUACAGUUUAGUAAAACGUAAUAGGCCAUUAUCUGGUAUUGAGGGGGCAAUAGAAUUACAAGAGAAAAAUGGAGUGGAUAUAGGCAAUUGUUUACAGACACGAUACAGUGCAACAAGAAUAGCAGAACAUAUCGCAAAAGAAAUUAAGAUGAAGAUAUUUAAGAAUAUCAUAGAAGAGAAUGCCAAAAUCUGUAUCAUAAUUGACGAGGCAUCUACAAUUUCAAAGAAAAGCACCCUAGUGAUUUAUCUCCAGUGCGCAGUUCAGUCAGCUCCUGCACCGGUAAUGUUGUUUGUUGCUUUAAAAGAAUUGGUGUCAACCACAGCAGAGUGUAUUUUCAAUACAUUGUUGUCUACUUUAAAUGAUUGUGGCUUUAAUAAUGAAUAUUUGAAAGCAAACUUAAUUGCAUUUUGUUCUGAUGGUGCUAAUUCAAUGCUGGGGAGAAAGUCUGGAGUAGCUACAAAGUUGUUAGAAAAAUUUCCUAAAGUCAUCAUUUGGCACUGUUUAAAUCAUCGAUUGCAAUUAUCACUUGACGAUUCAAUAUCUGAUAUAAAACAAGUUAAUCAUUUUAAAAUAUUUCUGGAUAAAAUUUAUUCUAUUUAUCACCAAUCUAAUAAAAAUCAAACCGAGCUAGAAACCGUAGCUAAAGAACUUGAAAUGGAAAUUAUUAAAAUUGGUCGAGUACUGGGACCGAGAUGGGCGGCAUGUAGUUUACAAGCUGCUACUGCUGUAUGGCACGCAUAUCCUGCAUUAUAUAUGCAUUUUUCUCGUUCUUCAUAUUCUGGUUUGGCAAAGAGAUUAGCAAACAUUAAUUUCUUGCAAGACCUUGCUUUAAUGAUUGACAUUCUUGAAGAAUUUUCAUUGCUUUCAACUGCAUUGCAGUCAAGAUCAACUAACAUUCAGAAAGCGCAAAAAUUAAUCGAACGCACCAUAAGAGCUUUGGAAAAUUUAAAGAUUGGUACUGGAAAGCAUGAAUCUCAAGUUGAAGAUUUGAUUAAGUUAGAUAAGUUUAAAGACAUUCCAUUUAAUAAAAAUAAUAAAUUUAAUGCUCUUCCUAGGAAUAUGUUACUAGAAAAUAUAAUUCAACACAUGAACUUACGUCUUUUAUUGGACAGAAACAACGAUGAAAGCAUUUUCAAUUAUUUUGAUUUAUUAGAACCAUCUACCUGGCCUAAUGAAGAACUAACUUCACCAUGGAUAGCUGGUGAAAAAAAAUUGUAUCAUUUAAGUGAAAUUUUAAAACAUGUAAUUGAUUUGAACGAUUUUCGGGAUUUUGUAGAUAAUAAUGUAGAAUCAAACAAUGUUCCAAUCCCUGCAACUAUACAAAAAGCUAAAAAGAUAGUUAGCACUAUUGCAAUCAGUAGUGCUGAAGCUGAAAGAGGUUUCAGUUUAAUGAAUAUAAUUUGUACGAGGGUGAGAAAUAGUUUAACAGUAGAUCAUAUAUCAGAUUUAAUGACGAUAAAUCUAUUGGGAAAAGAGUUAGCGGAUUGGGAUGCAACUCCAUUUGUCAAAUCAUGGUUGAAUUGCAACCAUAGGUUGGCUACGGAUACAAGAGUUCGGCAAAAAUCAACGAAAGCAUUCUGUUAGAAUCAAUUGGCCAUAUGGAAUUUACAAUAAAGAGUACUGUGUAUUUUAUUAUUAUUAUCCGAGCUGCACCUUGCCUGAACUCCCUGAAAUAUUGACCUUAGACUGCUGCCUGAUUUUCUUUUUGGAUCAUGUUUGGACCUAGACUAGUUCUCAGUACUUGACAUGUGUGUGUUUGGACUGUGCUAUAUCUGCCCCCAUUGGUGUUGCAGCCAUUGGUGUUCUGUCAUAUCCCCAUGACAGCCAUUUUAUGACUGGCACCCAUAACACUUUCUCCAAAAUUCCAUAUGUGCCCACUGGCUCAAAAAAGUCUAUGGUUACCGCCAUGAACAGCAUGGGCGAGGCCUACACGGAGAUGAAGCGGGAGUAGGACCAGUGCUUCAACCGCUGGUUCGCCAAGAAGUUCCUGAAGGGAGAGGGCGGCGACAGCAGUGGAGGCAACCCCUGCACCCAGCUCUUCAAGCGCUACCAACUCUGCACCCAGAAAGCUGUUAAGGAGAAAGACAUACCCAUUAAACGGCUGGAAUUCAUGGGCCGCAGCAGAGGAAAAUCUGAAAAAUCUCCCUGACCAUGAUGGCAACAGAAAAAUUAUUUUGAACAUUAAAAAAAUUCUAAAUCUUGUUGCUGUUGAACAAGGACUCUGCCAUCUAUGCAGAUGGUGCAAUUCAAGGCCUGUUUUCCACAGCAGCAUCUGCCUUAUGGAGCCAGGAGCCAGUUUCAUAUCUACUGUGUGGAAAGAGCUUCAGAGCCAGUUCUCACCUUUCUUCCCACCAAAGAAUUCACACUGGGGAGAAACCAUAUAAAUGUAUGGAAUGUGGAAAGAAUUUGAGCUGCAAGAGAUAUCUCACUUCCCAUCAGGGAAUUCACACGAGAGAAAUUGUUAAUUAAUGCUUGAAUUGUUGAGCUUUUGUUGAAACAGAAUUGUUGAAACAGCAAUGUCAUUAUCCAAGAAUUCACAAAAGAGGGAAAACCAUGUUAACGUGCUGAGUGUAGAAAACUUGUCUCCCAGGUGAAAGAUGGGAGGGGACUGAAUAUGUUUUUGUUGACUUCAUCAGUGGUUGUUCUGUUUCUUGACACGAUAUCGAUAUGAAUACCAGUUACUGGAAACCUCAGGAGGGGAGAGUGCUCUUGCACUCCGGAGCUCUUCUUAUGUUCUUACUUGUGUUGCUAGUGUAUAUCCAGUGUGAUUCAUUUGUAUCUUGUGAUUUUUUAAAUACUGUUUUGAUUCAUUUGUUGCAUUUAUUAUGCUUUUAUUGUGUGCUUUUUAAUUAGUUUUCAUGUGCACAGGUUUGCUAUUGUUGUGAGAUUUUUUUGAGCUCAACUUGGAAAAGCAGCACACAAAUAUUAGUGUGGCUAGUUUCUAUGCUGCUGCCAUCGCAUGCCAGAAAACAAUGAUAAAUGAUCUUAUGUAGGAAAUUUAUACUGAUCGUAAUCUUGUAAUUUUUACUCGCUCAUGAUUUUAUGUAUUUUAUAUGAUCUUAAUUACUAUCUACGCAUUGGUCUUUGAUCGCAAUAAAAUUUAUUUAUUUAUUAAAUAUAAGCCUCAGUAAGAAGGUGCCGCUCACUGCUCAUCCAGGAAUUCACAGAGUGGAGCAUCUGUAUAAAUGCUCGUGCAAGUGAAGUCCUUUAAGUGCCCCAAUGGGCCAACACUGGUGGUCAAACAGAACCCAUGAGGCUAACACUUACCAAAGCAGUCCGAAGUACAUGGUCUAUUAGUUUAAAAGCGGAACAGGCCACCAAUCCAGAAUGGAAUUCCAGGGGACAGGCCCUGGUGGUUUGGGAUGUAUGUUAAGUGAGAUACAAUGUUCAGACACAUCUAAACAGGAAAUUAGUCCAAGUAAAGGCAAAUGUUUAAAAAUGAAAUAGUGUCAGCAAUAGUGGAGAAACAAUUAGGAAGAGGACAGCAAUUGUGGAAUGGGAUGGAUCUUAGUUUAUUGUGGGUUUUUUGCAUCUUAAACAGAUCAAGUGGUCUAACUAAAUGUGUGUAAUAUUAGGGAAGAUCUAAGAAGGAACACCCACCCAUACAUUUGCUCUGUGAAAGAACUUCUAGUAUGGCAC